GCAGGGGAGCAGCAGCAGCAGCCGGCUGACUCAACCUUCAGUUUCUGCUUCACUUUCAGCCGUCCCGCACUCUGCAGCUGGCUCAAUCUGACAACCUAUGGAGGACGCCGUCUUCCACUGAGUCAUGGACAUCAGCGGACCACAUCUCACGGUGUAGCCAGGAGGAUUCGUUGAUUGAGAGAAUCAUGGAGCCCGAUGUGAUCCGUAUGUACUCCUCCUCGCCGCCCCCGAUGGAGGACGGUGCAGAGGAAGAGGACGAGUUUGGAGACUUCGGCACCUUUGCUAGCGUCCCAAACAGCAUCAGUUUCACAGAAUUCGACACCCCGACCACUUUUAACCAGACCCAGGCUCUGACCGCCACCUCGCCGCCUGAGCUCCUCAACACCAGAGGGGUGAUGGGAUUCAGCCACAGCUCCUCUAAUGGCACACACACCCCCAACAACGAGCUGUCCAAGGCUAAUGGCAUUGUGCCAGCGAGCCACCUGGGCAGCAGUCCCUCGGAGAGAACUGAAAUGAAAAAGGUCCUCUCCAGCUCUCUGGAUUUUUCAGUGAGCGACACAGCUGGCAGCGAGCCUGCUGAUUGCAACGGCGGAGGCACAGAGGUGCUAACAAACGGGUUUGCAACCUUUGACGUUCAGGGAAGCCCUUCCUCACAGAAUUCUGUCCACUCUCAUAUAAAAGGAACGUCCACUGAGGACACGGGCAGCGUACCCGCCGGCAGCCCCGAGGACGAUUUUGCAGACUUUGCUGCUUUUUCCAGUGCUGAAGGACACCUCAGCCAGACGGCAAACGAGGACUCGGACAAUCCCACAGGGGGCAGCCGGCUGGCGGAGGCUGCCUGCCACGAGGAGCACUGUAAUAUAGAGCAGGGAACGACUUCAGAGGACGAUGUCAGGGACACAAACAGAACUGGACCCAGCUCUGAUUCCAUAUCUGUCCCUGCUGAGGCCCCAGACGGCUCGUGCAACACGGACCGGGGCUCUGGCACGGAUGCUGACUCUCAACAAAGGGACGUAGCCUUUGCACAGGAUCACUUGGCCUCAGAGGCAGUUUGCACUAACAGACCCCUCACUCUGAACGGGGUGGAUGUAGCCGACAGGGACGAUUCCAAAGACGCCGCGGGCUGCAGUGAAAGCGACCUCUCACCGGACGCAGCUGCAGACGGUGAGGCGGGACAGUUGGACGGGAAGGGCUCCGGUAACGAGACUGAGACAGAAACGGAGACGGAGACGUCAUUGGGCCGGCCGCUGUCAACAGAUGCUCUAGAGGAGUACGGUGACAUGAGCACCACGGGGUCCGUGCCCUCUCCGCCCCUUCAAGGGGAGACCGCCACGCCCGCUGACCACAGCCAGCUGGCAGAGGACGACGAGGACGAGGACUUUGGGGACUUUGGAGACGCCGGCUCCUUCAGCUGUCAGGGCUUUACCGACUUUGACCAGCUGGAUGUCCAGCAGGAGCAGAGCAGGUCGGACAGCCCUGCUCCUGCACAGGAAGCUGCAGACGCCAAGGACAAUGACGACUUUGGCGACUUCAACUCCCCCAAAUUUCACAGCAGUGGAACCGAGGGGGAGGAUGGAUCCAAGUUUGCAGAGUUCCCCGUCAGCGACAGUUUUGGGAAUUUCAGCUCAGCCGCCGAAGGCGCAGACAGUGAGGCGGACGUAGGGUGGAGCGCCUUUGGGGAGCAGCAGCACCAGGUGGAGGAGGGGGAGUCCUGGGCGGCGUUCAGCACGGGGCAGAGCGUCGCUCCUCCUGCAGAGAGCCAAGAGGAGGUGGAGAAGGAGGAGGAGGAGGAGGAGUGGCAUGAAAGUGAACCACCUGCAGUCAUUGAGCAAACCAGCAGGACAGACAGACAGUCGGCGUCGCUGUCGAGCCGACUGGAGAAGCUGUUUCAGGGCAGCUUCCCUCAGACCGCCGCCCUCUCUGUGGAGGACGAAGUGGCGUCCCUGAGGAUCCUGCUGGGACCUCCAGAGGACAAACCACAGCCAGGAGCUGAAGGGGAGGAGGAGGAGGAGAAGUCGCCAUGCAACAGGUUUGUGCAUGGCGGCGUGUGGACGCAGCUUCAGGACAUCAACGAGGCGUUUGGCCUCAGAUACCAGUGGGGGGGCUCCUACUGCAACAAAGCACUACUCUGCUGCCUGGGCAUCGACACCCGGAACAUUCUGUUCACGGGACAGAAGAAGCAGCCGGUCAUCGUGCCCAUGUACGCCGCCAGCCUGGGGAUGCUGGAACCAACCAAAGAGCCUGUGAAGCCCGUCUCUGCAGCAGAGAUGAUCGCUUCGAUAGCCCAGGCGCCUCCAGUGGCUCCAGAGAAAAGCUCCUGUCCCUCAGACACAGUCCAGCAGGAGGCGCUCCCACCCAUCCAGUUUGACUGGAGCAGCAGUGGCCUUACCAACCCUCUGGACGCGAGCGGAGGCUCGUCUCUGUUAAACCUGGAUUUCUUUGGUCCUGUGGAGGAUUCAGGCUCCACCAGCUCACCUUCCAUCCCAGGAGUCGACCCGGAGCUUUACGAGCUGACGACAGCCAAGCUGGACUCCGGCAGCUCCGGCAGUCGGGUGGCAGAUGCCUUCGCCCGCCUGAUGUCCACCAUGGAGAAGACCAGCACCUCCACCAGGAAGCCGAGGAAAGAAGAGAAUCUGAGCGACGAGGCGGCCAAAGUGAUCGCAGGUCUGCCCGAUCUUUCCUUCAUGCAGGCCAAAGUGCUGAUGUUCCCCGCCACGCUGACGCCGCUCGGCUGCCAGGCCACAUCGGACUGAAGCUCCUCCCCCUUCACAUGACAUCACCCCUCCCUCUCCCAUAGCCCCGCCCACUGACUCGGCCCAUUUUAACAAGUUCUCUUCUUCUUUUUUUGUUCUCUCGCUGCGGCUCAGUUCCUCCCUUUCCAUACGUCUUUUCUUUUUCUUUUUUUUAAAUUAAAUUUGCGCUUUUGUUUUUCACUUUAUACUUUUAAAAAAAAAAUAAAGCAAAGCAUUUAUGAUCACAGGAAGCAGCUCGGACGUGGAGGAGGGAGAAGCGCUUGGCGGACAACCUGCACAUCUAACAGAAUAGGAGAUAAAUUAAUUUAUAGAGUUGAUAAUUUAUAGAGGAAGGUGUAGAAGUGUGUGCUGUUCAUAUCUAGAAGAAUCAUCGUGUAUAUAAUCAGGGAUUAAAUGUUAAUUUUCCUUUUUUUUUUUUAAAUUCUGAAUGAUUUGGGAUGAUUUUACGUCUCUGUGGUGGGAGUAUGUUCGUGUCUGUCUGUGAAGGAAACACUGGCUGAAGCUCUUUAAAUCAAACUGAAGUGGAAUAUAUGUAAGUUUAAAUUAAUACAUUUAUAUACAUAUAUAAAAUCUAUAUAUAUAUAAAUAUAUAUUUAUCGACUUGAAACCACACUGCCUGCAAAAUCCAGCUGAAUGUUUUGUCCCUGCGUUGUGUUUAAAGGCCUUAGUUUUUACCUGCAGUCAGUGUAGAUUUUAUCUUUAACCCACUCUGUCUUUUUCCUUUUCGUUACUUAAAGGUUACGUUCAGUAUUCUUCAACCUGGACCGUUUUCCCAUUUUCUCGUGUUGACGUGACUAAUGCCAGUCAGCCGCUUUGAAAUGAGUCCAGUGUUGAAAGAGAGCGCUGCAGCCGUGAGCAGCUGAACAGGCUGUGAUGUAACCACUCCGAGCAUGUUCGCACCGUCAGUGUACGUCGACUAGAAGUGUCUGUUUUUGCCACUGACAGGCUCAGAGUGUGAUUUAAAGUCUCUGACAUCAUGAAAGGAUCCCUACAGAGACGGAGCUUUGUGUUGAAGCGUAAGAUCCUUCCGAAAUCGUCAUCGCCAAACCCACCAGACUCAAAAUUAAACUCACAAAACCUUUCCACUGUUCCAACAAUCACCAGCUCUGGUUUAGUUGAUAUAAACUGUUAAUUCACCCAGUUAGAUGUGUAAAUGUCAGACUGUAUAUACAGACGAACGACGCGUCCCCACUUACCCCCAGUAUGCGUCAGUGAAGCUAAAAUAUCCAGGACACGGCCGCUGCCAUCUUGUGCUGGUGACAUCAUUCGGAGCCAGAGUCUGCACAGUAGCGAUCACUGUGGUGGAGCAGUUCCAUCCAAACACCCGUCCGACCAAUCGCAAGCAGCACCAUUGAACGUAUUGGCUCACACAGCUGUCAAUCAUGGCGUCAAACCUCCAUUUUCUAGCAUUAAGUAACUAAUUAAAUCCAAACUUAUCAGAAAAACACUUGAACAAACGGCAGCGUGAUUAAAAUACAGUAAAAGAUCAGUCAUUCAAUGUGUGCUUUUGAUUUUCAGUUUGGCAAGUGUCCGAUUUACAAACAUGGAGAAGGCAAGCUUUGUGACGUGUACUGCAGCGAGCCACCAGGGGGCGACGGAGAUGUUUUGAGCUGUGAUGUCGUCCAUCUUUAUGUACAGUCUACGGACAGUGGACGAGUCUGGUGGGUUCAGCCUGUUUCUGGUCAAACAAAAAUCUUACUCGUCAACAUAAACGUCCGUCUCUGUAGGGAUCCUUUCAUAACGUUAUCAGACACUUGGGAUAACAAUCCAGGGUUCCUGCGGUCAUGGAAAACCUGGGAAAGUCAUGGCAUUAGUAGAAAUCCUUGAAAGUUUUUAGGAAAGUUGUGGAAGUGUGUUGUAUGUUUCCAGAUCAAUUGUUACAUUAAUCUUCCAUCAGUAACCUUCAGUGUAAUUAAAAAAAUUAUUUUUCUGUAGUUGAGGACGUAACGUAGCUUUUAAUGAGACAAUGUGUGACGUUUCCUACACCAUCACGUACACAUCUUAAUUUUCUCCCAGCGUUCCGUCUCUCUCCCUUCAUGUGCGACCGCCAGCUGGAAUUAGGUUUGAAUUAAAUUUGAAUCUGAUGUGUUUGAAUAAGAGAACAGUAAUGUGACUCUGUCCGUGCAGUGUUCAAAGUUUCACAACUUUUCCAUGACUUUUCAAGGACCCAUAGUCUUUUUUUUUUUUGCUUGCCCCACUUGCCUGGCGUUUUCACAUUCAACUUCCAUUCAGACAUGAUUCCAGCGAGCACGUAUACAUUUAAAAAGAGAUGGAACGCUGGGAGAAACAUACGUGAUGGUGAAUGAAACGUCACACACUGACACACGUUAGAGAUCCGUACGCUACGUCGACGGCUGAUGAUUUUUUCAAAUUCAAUGACUUUCCAACACAUUCUCACUCCAACCUUUCAAAAUACACUUCUGUUUUCACAGGAAAUUUAAUAUUUACAUACAGUCUCUUUCAAAAUAAAAGCACUUAUAAUCAGUACAACACUGCUAGUUAGUGGGGUUUUUUUUUUUCCGCUUCAACGACAAAAACACGUGGUUGGGUUUAGGAAAAAAGAACAGGGUUUGACUUUACAGUCAUACGGGACACAAACACCGCUCUCUUGCAUGAAAGUGUUUGUUGGACCCAUCCCGCCCGUCCCAGUCGGGCUUUCGCCGCCUUAACUUUCGUCCUUGUUCCGUUGCGUUUUCCCCUGAAGCAGUUAAUCUAUAACAGCAACCGACUGCGUGUCAUGCCGACGUUAAAGGACGCCUUUUUUUGUUCGUUUCUGACGCCACAAGUCACUGCCAAAGCACCGGAUUUUGACAACUUCGGAGUGAGACCCGUGGUUGACUUUUCCCGGUUUUCCAUGACCGUGGGAGCGCUGUUUGUGUUAUACAUCGGGAACAGUCAUGGAAAUUUUAUCAUGUGUCCUUUGUCCAUUUAAAUGUGAGGGGAACCAAACAGUUCGAGCCUUUUAGCGUACUGAGCGGUGAGCGGUGACAACGCAGCUUGUUUCGCUGUCGACUUCAGAUCACUUUGUCAAAACUGGACGCAGGGAAAUAGGAACACAGAGUCCAGGUUGAAAAAUACUGAACGCAGCCUUUAAUGCAGCUUUUUAACAUAAAUUAUAUCCGCCCCCCGUCACUGUUGCUGCAGUCCAUCCACCGUCUCUAGAACACAGGAGGGACUGAUAUUAUUUUAUUCUUCAGUUUGGGGAACUUUGUGUCCUCAGUCGUCAUUUGGAGGUUUUAUUUUUAUUCCGUGUUUAUUCCAGCUGUUGUGGUCGGUGGAUAAAAACAAGUUUCCUUCCUUGUUGGCGUCCACUCUCUCUCACACUGUUCCUUCUUGUUGUUCUGAGGGAAUGAAAAUGGGACUUUGUUUUUUUUUGGUUAAAACCACUGAAACUCGAAAGAUUCUCGGCAGUGAAGGUCGACUCACAUCAGAAGGGAAUUAAGGGACCAAUUUCUGCUUCCAUGUGUCGGGUUUUGUUCACUGUUCCUCAUAUGAAGUGCUUUUUGUUGUUGCGGCUCUUAUUGGCUCAUGUUUUGGUUUUGUUUUCUUUUUGCUCAUACUACUGUCAGCCCCGUCUCCCAGGAGGAUUUUGCACAUUGUAAAGAUGAAAUGGAUGUAAUCAUAGUUCACUGUGGCUUUAGACUGUGUACAGUUAAACUAUGGACUGUAAAAUGUACGGGAAAAUUCCUAUGGAAAAAAACUGAAUCACUUGAAGAGCCUGUCAAAAGGUUAUUGUGCAUGCCCAGGUUCUUUUGAGACUCUAAGUGUGUAAAUUUUACUUUUAGUGUACACAAGAAAUUAAAAUAGUUAUCUUCUC